AUGUCUAUUGAUUCUUGUUAUGAAGGUGUCAUUGCCAAACUAACAACACAGGACAAAAUAAAGAAAAUGUCUUUAGAACUAUUAUUACUCCAAACACAAAGUGAACGAGUACUUUUCAUAUAUAAAACUUUGGAAAGUCUCGAUGCUUUUCCAAGUGUACAAGAAAUAAAGAAAAACAAUGACACUUCCUUAUAUUACCGUAACCUUGGCAACAAAUGUUUUGAAGAAACAGCUUACCAUAAAGCUUGGCAGUAUUAUAACUUGUCACUUCUACAUGCCACCUUAAACUCUGAAAACUAUUGUUUAGCCCUGUCUAAUAGAUCAGCUGUUUUCUACGAAUUAAAUAAACAUAAAGAAUGUUUGCAAGAUAUAGAUAAAGUUUUUUCUUUAGAAUAUCCUGUAAAGUUAAAAGAGAAACUAAACAACAGAAAGAAAAUGUGUAACGAGGCAAUGUGUUCCAGUAAAGAAAAAGAAUUUGAUAAAUUUAAUGAAUAUUUAAAAAUGAAAAGUGACAAACAUUCUACAUAUUUGUGUGCGAGUAAUAAAUUGGAAGUUUUGAUUAGCAAAGAAAUGGGUAGACAUGUGAUUGCUAAAGAGGACAUCAAAGUAGGUGAAGUCAUAGUCGAAGAAGAUCCAUAUUUCAUACUAUUAUUGAAAGAUCAAUUUUUAUUUAGUUGUAACUAUUGUCUCUCGAGGAGUUUAAAUCUCUUACCGUGUGAUGGCUGCUGUUUCUGUUUAUAUUGCAGCAAUGAAUGUAAAGCAAAGGCUUGGAAGGAGUUCCAUAAUAUUGAAUGCUCACUCAUGGCAACAUUUGUGAAAAUGGACUUUACAAAACUUGAACUGCUUGCUUUAAGAACUGUUCUCAAGGCUCGGCACGAUCAUAACAAUUGGAAAGAUUUAUUUAAAACAAUCGAAGAUGCUGAAGCCAACGUCGACACUGGACUUCAUGGGCAUGUUAAGAUUGAUGAUAAAUGGAUAUAUGAUUCAAAAUACUAUGCAUCUAUACAUACUUUAGCUACUAAUGAAGAAAGACGAUCUAUUUCUGAUAUAUUUCAAAAAGGACUAACAGCAGCUGUGUUUUUAAGAUUUCUACAAAAGAAUACCAAGUUUUUAAAAACAGAAAAUGAACAAGAAUAUGAAAAGGUAAAUGAAUGUGUAGCUGGACUAUUACUGUUACACCUAAUGACAAGUCCAACCAACAUGCAUGGCAUUAGUUCCAUCGCAGCUACUAAGGAGGGUAAAUGUGUUGAUGAAAUAAGCUUGGCAAGUGCACCAUAUGCUUUUUGUAGUCUUUUUAAUCAUUCUUGCGCACCCAAUAUUGUUAGAUUCAGCAAACUCGGCUCUGCAAGAAUGUUUGUGUUUGCUCUGCGCCCAAUUAAAAAAGGAAUGCAAAUUUUUGAUAACUAUGGACCACAUCAUGCAUUAGAGGAGUUAAUGUCACGACAGGCUUCACUUAAGUUUCAGUUUAAAUUCAACUGCUGCUGUGAAGCAUGUGUUAAUAAUUGGCCAAACUAUUUAUACUUAACUAUGAGGCAAUCUAAAAAUGUUCCUGCAAAAUUAGUUAGGUCUAAAAAGGCUCUUUUAAGUGAGGACAUAAUAGACCAACUUCAGAGAGGUAAUGUUGACACAGCAUUAAAAACAUAUAAACGUCUGUGUGAUUUAUGUGAAUUAUUAGAGCCCUUUGCACCAUGCAUGGAACUCUGUGACUGUCAAGAAUCAUUAAAGCAGUGUUUGUCUAUUUUCGAGGGCUUAGUGCCAUAUGGUAGUAGUCUUAUGGUUAAGUGGAAAUCAGUAAAUGCGAAAUAGACAUUUAAAUAUUGUUUAAAUUUUUACUUUGACAAAAUAUUUUUUUUUUUAUAUUUGAUGAAACUAAAUAUGAUUUAUGUUAUUUUAUAAAAUGACUAUUGUGUAAACAUAUUAUAUUUUACAAAUUGUUAAAUUAGGAUUUUUUUUAAAUUGUGUCAUUUAGCAACUUUUUAAGAUACUUAAAUUGGAAAUAUUAAAAAAAAGUUCCUAUAAUCUAAUUUUAAAGAAUAAAUAUUGAAAAUAUUGACUAUUUCCGUUAUAAGGAUG